GUCGCAGCCGCUACCUCGCCGCACGAGGCCACUCCGCGACGCCUGAGAACGCCCGCGCUCCCCGCGACGUGACAGUGCCGCGACGUGCGAUACAGGAGGGUGUGUGUGUGUGUGUGUGUGAGUGUGUAUGAAAGAAAGUGAGUUAGUGAGAGUGUCUGUGGUUGAUUCGACACGCGUGUGAUUGUGUCGUCUUGCAUUUGGAUUUACCACCAGCGGCUUGGAUUUAUCAACCUGUACGAGGGCAUUCGGAUACAACAGCCGUUUGGCGGCCGUUGAUGUGUACGGAGGAUGGCCCCUAGGGAUCGCUGGCGGGGCUGGUUGCCCUGCUUGGUCCACGGGGCCUUGCUGCUCGCCGUGGUCGCCGCCCUCUCCGACACAGCACUCGCAGGUGAUGCCGCCCCCGAGUUUCUCGGCGACCCGGACAGCCCCGAGGGCUGCUCCGGCCACACGUGCCGCAUGCUGUGCGCGUACGGCUUCGCCACGGACGAGCGCGGCUGCCCGCUGUGCCGGUGCUACGACCCCUGCUCCGAGGUGUCGUGCGGCGGCGCGCUGACCUGCCAGCUGGAGGAGCCCGUCUCGUGCACGCGCCCGCCCUGCCUGCCCGUGCCCACCUGCAAGAAGGGCCGCAGCCUGGACAACGUGUGCCCGGCCGGCGCGCCGCUCACCAUGCCCGGCAGCGGCGUGCCCCCGCGCCCCUUCCUCUGCGGCCUGGGCGCCGGCCAGCCGCGCUGCCCGCCGCUGUUUGAGUGCUCCGUGCAGCCAGGCAACGACUACGGCGUGUGCUGCCCGGGCGCGGCGCGCGUGGACAAGGCGGGCGCGUGCCCGGCGCGCGGCGAGCACCUCACCCGGCAGUGCGGCCCGGGCUGCCGCCAGGACCAGGACUGCCCCGGCCCGCUCAAGUGCUGCGACGGCGACGUGUGCGGCGGCCGCACCUGCACGCCGCCCACCAACCUGACCGAGUGCCGCCAGCUGCGGCAGCUGUCCGUGCAGCUGUCCGUGUCGGAGCGCGAGGGCCGCGGCUACGUGCCGCAGUGCGACCCCGUGUCCGGCGCCUUCCGCCCGCGCCAGUGCAGCCGCAACGGCCGCGUGUGCUGGUGCGUCGACCGCGCCGGCAACAAGCUGCCGAACUCCAUGGGGCCCAGCUCCAAGGUGCGCUGCCUACCUCACGCCGCCCUGGACGAGGCCCGCGCGUCCGUGUCGGGCCGCGCCAUGGGCUCCAUGCCGGAGCCGCCGCGUUGCGACUCGCCGCCGGGCCGCUGUGCGCAGGUGUGCGAGCUCGGCUUCCGCGUGGACCCCGACGGCUGCCCGACCUGCGAGUGCGACGACCCCUGCGCGGGCGCGGUCUGCGGUUCGGGCGAGGAGUGCUUCGCCGCCCGGGAGCCCGACUGCGACGGCCCGUUCUGCAGCGCCACCCCCAUCUGCAGGCCGGCGCCCACCGCGGCGCCCACCGCAGCGCCCACCACCCCGCCAACCACCCCGCCAACCACGACCGGCCAGCCCGACGCGGCCGCCGACGCCAGCCCGGACGCCAGCGUGGACGCCAGUGCGGACACCGUGGCCGUGGAUAACCCCACCGAGCGGAGCGCCAGCGCGGACCUGCCGUCGGCCGAGGCCAACAGCUCCGAGAGCAGCGGCCCCGACGCGGACUCUGCCGAGGCGGCGCUGGACGAGGACGGCCACCCCGCCACGAUGUGCGAGUACCUGCGCGACUUCCGCGACAAGAUGGAGGGCACGCGCGACGGCAUGUCGCUGGCGCUGCCGCCGCCCACCUGCCGCCCGGACGGCUCGUUCAACGACACGCAGUGCGCCGCCGGCGAGUGCUGGUGCGUCGACAGCUUCGGCACCGAGAUCCCCCAGAGCAGGAUCGCGGGCCCGGCGCCGUCGCCCGCCUGCAGCGCGCUGCGCGAGUCCCUGGACUGCCUGGACCUGACGUGCCGCCUGGGCUGCGAGUUCGGCUUCACGCUCUCCCCGGACACGCGCUGCCCGCUGUGCGAGUGCCGCGACCCCUGCGCCGAGGCCAAGUGCGGGCCCAACGCCGAGUGCCACGUGGUGGAGGUGGCCUGCGACGCCGAGUACUGCCCGCCCGUCCCCGCCUGCCUGCCCAAGAAGCCGGGCCAGUGCCCGUACCUGGUGCCGGUGGGCGCGGGCUCGUGCGACUACCAGUGCCGCUCCGACUACAACUGCAACGAGACGGCCAAGUGCUGCUCCAACGGCUGCGGCACGCAGUGCAUGCAGCCCGUGGUCAUGACCGAGUGCCAGCACCGGCGCGCCAUCCUGCAGCACGAGUCGCACGAGUCGGGCAUCCCCGCCGGCCGGCUGUGGGUGCCGCGCUGCCGCGAGCGAGACGGCGCCUACGAGUCGGUGCAGUGCCACCCGGGCAAGGGCCAGUGCUGGUGCGUGGACGCGCACGGCCAGGAGCUGCCCGGCACCCGCACCGACGGCGACCAGCAGCCCGACUGCCGCGCGCGCAACGCCGUGUCGGCGUGCCCGGCUCUGCGCUGCGAGGAGGCGUGCCCCCACGGCCACCAGCUGGACGCGCGCGGCUGCCCGACCUGCCGCUGCCGCGACCCCUGCCAGGAGCUGCAGUGCCGCGGCGAGGGCGAGGCCUGCCGCAUGGUGCAGGUGCAGUGCGCCGACCCGCCCUGCCACAAGGUGCCCAUGUGCCUGCCGCACAGGGAGAACCCCUGCCUGACGGGCCAGCCCCUGGAGUCGACCAGCACGCCCGGCGGACUCUUCCGCUGCGGCCCCAGCGGCGACUCCUGCCCGGCCAGCCACAAGUGCGAGCUCAGCCCGCUCGGCGAGUACGCCGUCUGCUGCCAGAAGCCUCGUGACGUGUGCUUCGAGCCGGUGCAGGCGGGGCCGUGCGAGCCCGGCGCCGAGCGCUGGCACUUCAACCCCGAGCGCAACUCGUGCCAGCUGGUGCCGGCGGGCCAGUGCGGCGCGCAGCACAACUCGUUCCCGACCAAGGAGAUGUGCAACAAGGUCUGCCCAGUCCUGAGCCAGUGCGAGCGGCUGCGCGAGAAGAACCAGAAGGCGGCCGACAAGUACAAGAAGUGGACGUUCAUCCCGCGCUGCUCGGCCGAGACGGGCGCGUGGCUGCCGCUGCAGUGCCUGACGCAGGUGGGCGUGUGCUGGUGCGUGGCGCCCGACGGCCAGCCCAUCAAGGGCACGCUGACCCGCGACCCCAAGCCGUCGUGCCCCGCGGCCAGCUCGGCGGCCAGGGCCAGCAGCCGGCAGGCGCGCCGCCGCCACGACCCGCUCUGGGCGGAACCGGAGCAGGGCGCGGAGGACCCGGAGGAGGCUGUCGCCAAGCUGCUUCGCGGCCUGGACCCAGCGGUGGCCGAGCUGCUGCAGCGCCUGGACCAGCCGCUGCCCGCAGCGCUGCCCGCCUCGCUGCCCGUGCCGCCCGAGAGGCGCACCCGCUGCCUGGCGCUGAGGGACCGCGCCGAGGACGAGGCCUCCGCCCUGCAGUGUGACCACCACGGCGGGUUCGCGCCGACCCAGUGCCUCCCCAAGGACGACCCCGAAGGCGAGUGCUGGUGCGUCGACGAGGCAGGCAACCAGCUUGUCAACACCACUACGUUUAAACGUGGUGCCAAGAUCUGCUUGCCCACGCCCAUCGAGGCGGUGGAGGUGUCGCUCGGCUUCCUGGGCGAGCCCGGCGUGGUGGACGCGCGCGCGGAGCUGCUCGUCCUGGAGGCGGUGCGCGGGCUGCUCGCCGGCCUCGACCAGUCCGGGCCCGGCGGCCCCGGGACCGCGCGGACGGCGACGAGGAGCGAGGGUCUGCGCGUCACCCUGGGGCCCGGCAGGGCCGUGGCCACCUUCAGCCUGCACGGCCCCGGCAAGGUGGACACGGCGUUCCACCUCGAGGAGAUGGUCAAGUCCGGCGCGCUGAGCGUGGGCCACGAGUCCGGGUCGGCGAUGGUGGCCGACAUCACGCAGUCGCGCUUCAGCCACCGCGUGGCGCAGCUCGACGCGGACGACGAGGGCGGCAGGCCGCCGCCGAGCCGCGUCAUCGCCCUGCAGCACCGCGAGAUCGUGUCCGAGUCCACGGUGUCCGAGGUCACGUCCUACCACACGGCCAUCCUCGUGCUCAGCGCGGCCUCGGCCUUCGUCAUCGUGGUCCUGGCGGUGUUGGCCGCCCUGUACCGCCGCCGCAUGAUCGUGGCCGCGAAGCAGGGCGGGCAGCACGGCCAGGACGACGACGAUGACCGCUUCGGCCUGGGGCCGGGCAACGAGCCCGUGUACGUGGUGCGGCUGCCGUCGCCGCCGCCCCUCGACAAGCACGGCCGGGUGCUGGGGGUGCCGCUGGGCGUGCCGCUGGCGCAGGAGGACAUCAAGGACAUCAAGGCGUGAUGCUGUCCAGCCCGGGACCCGCGGUCCCCUCGCGUUUUAAACGGAUGACUUUUAACGCUGUGCAAAGUUCUCACUUUAAAAGUCAUAGGUUUGAAUAGUUGGCGCUGUUCUUGUAGUGCUCCAGCCGGUACUGUCCAGACCUGACCAGACCAUUACGCUGGCAAUCAAGAAGGACGGGAAGGAAAAUGUUCCACUCGCGGCUAUAAGUUCUUAAAUUGUUUUUUUAUCUCGAAAAUCCGAGCAAAUUUUUAAAGUGGGCUGUGACAGUUGUUGAGGCCAGUCGACGGCGACAGGUUUUGUGUGGAGCCUGUUCAGGUUUAGUCCUGGUAGACAUGGUGGCUCCACGCUGGCCGCGCGCUGCGAGUCCUUCUGGAAGAAUUGAGUUAGUUUGGGCGCGUAGCCAGGAUUUAACUUUGGGGGAGGUUAUGUCUCCCCUUUUGCCUACUUACAAGCGAAUUGGACUUCUAAUCGCCUACCCAUCAGGCCGUACUCGAUGUUCAAUCGCCAAAAAGUCGAUCACUUUUCCUGGGGGGGGGGGGGGCUUAUGACGUGCAUGAACUCUCCCUUGGUGUCAUCUCUCGUGGCCUGGGUGACGGCGUCUUGCGAAGAUCGUUGUAUAAAAUUUAUGUCGAGUUCAUCCGGUACGUCUUCGAAUACUGCUGAUUCGAGAGGCCACUUUACAAACUUGAGUGUUGGCAACAAGGAUCGGAGUGGGAAAAAGGAUCGUGCUUCGUUUCAAGAACCGUACCAGUUAAUUAUGUCGUCGACUGAGGCCUACAAUCCCAGGCCAAGCCGACAUUAUCAACCAAGUCCUAACUGUCGCGGUUCCCCAUUUCAUCCUGCGAUGGAGAGUCACUUCGAUUUCCCCUCUCCCCUCCUGUGUUUCAAUAUGCAGGCGGCCAGGAAAUGAAGAAGUAAAGAGUAUCACGCUGAUUUAGAUUAAAAGUUUUCAUCAUUGUAAUAUAUUCAAGCGUUGAAAAAUGCACCUGUAUAAAUAUUCAUAACGAUUAAGAGAGUCAUUCAAAUCGAGUGAGUACGAUGUUUAUGUGUGAUUUAAGUGCCUAAUUUUUGAGUGAAUGUGCAACUAUGAAUAAUUAGUUAAAUUAAGGGGCAAUGUUAUUUCAAUCUGCAGAAGGGGAAUAAUCGCCCUUGUUUCGACUAUUCUGACUGAGGAAAAUACUCCCAUCACAAUUCAAUGUAAGGUUACUUUUGUGUGUGAAAACAUUGUUACUUAAAAUUAAGUUUAAGGCUUUUUAAACUCUCAGAUAUCCCAAACAAGUUUCCAAGGCAUACUGAAAUAUGUCAAAAAUGUAACUUAUUUGCAAAUGUAAAAAUUCCACGUUUCAUGCUACUGGAUCGUUUCAUCUGGUGUGGAAUACUCGAUUUCUGACUGUGUGGAGAGUUUCACUUUAGCUUUUUGUAGUAAUUUAUUUAUGUAGAGUUACUCCCUCCCUGAUAUUGUCAUCACCUUGCCUCUCAGAGCUGACUGCGAUGUAAAAUCAAUACUUGUGAAAUAAAGACUUGAUAGACGUA